AUGGAUGAGAUGAAGGCAAGAUUCAAGUUUAAUAUUGAAAUGUUGCAAUGUGCACAUUUCAUGAUGAACUAUCAUCGUUCACAAACUGAGAUGGUGGGGAAAAAAAUACCUACCUACAUAAUAAUUAAUGCUGAUGGAGAUGAUGUUGGCUGGUGUAGAAGCGAGAAAAUAUUACUUUAUGAUUUAUUCAGUUGUAAUUACAAUGAUGUAUCAGUAACCAUCAGGAGUGUAUUCAUAGCAUAUGAUGAGUACGCAGAUAUUUCGAUGACUUCCUGA